AUGGUUCUGGAGCUAGAGCUUGAGCCUGAACAAGAUGAAACAGAGAGUUUCUUGGCAACUCCGACGAAACCUCAGAACGGAGGCAGAUUUGAUGAAACGUACAAGAAAGUCAAUUAUACCCGCACCGCUCGAAACCAACAUUUCGUUACAAUGGUGGGUUUAGUUAUAGUUGUGGUUAUCGGCUUUUGGAUAACAUACAAUGUCAGACAUGACUCGACACCUGAGGGCUUCGAUUCAUUCAAUCAAGUGCCAAACGAGAGCACUGCUAGUAGUGACAGAACAUCAGCUGCCAACACAUCUACAUUAACUCAUCUGAACAGAAAAGAACACGACGACAACAAUCCAUAUCCAUUGCCAUCUUUGUCGAACUCGGAUGAUUCAGAUAUGGUCAUGGCAUUCAAUCAAUCUAUUCAGACGGAGAUAUUCGAAGAGCAAGACCAAGUUGCGACCACUAAGUCACCGUCAACCAAUCAGAGCUCUCUUGAUAUAAAAUUCUCCUUUGGAUCGAAUGAAUAUCUCCAGAGAGCUGAUAGAGUCAUUGAAAGAGCAAUGUCUGCCAUUCUAGCCGAGUAUGGCCAAAAGAAUAUCGACUUUGGAAGCUACAACGAAGCUUCGAUACCCCCGAUGUUUGCAUGGACGAGAGUAGACCUCAAUAAUGACACUCAAGCUCCCGAAGGAUUUCGAAGACGCGGUAAUCGUGGUAAUGGCGGGUGGACAUCAAAUCGCAGCUGGGAUGGACUUGUCAAACGUUUGGUUUACGCCAUGUCAACAAAAGGUGAUUUUACUGUAGUUUUGGGAGGUCACAGCGCUGCAGCAGGCCAUGGCAAUCACUUUCAACAAAGCUACUUGAUGCAAUUUCAGAAGGUUAUGGAACCAGUAUUCCGCCAACUUCAUGUCAACUUGGUAUCUAGGAAUCAGGCCCAGGGAGGUCUAGGCACAGUGCAUUCUUCUCUGGGUUUUUCGUCGAUCUAUGGCAACAACAUUGAUUUGAUGCUUUGGGACGCAGGCAUGACAGAGAAACAUAAACCUGAGCACAUUGACUUGUUCUUUCGCCAGGCAUUAUUGGUAGAAGGAAGAGUGCCAGUCGUCUGGGCAGCCGGCGGGAAGUUUGAUCUCUUAAGAAUGCUUCACAACAGCGGGGAAGCUGAUGUUGGAGAGUUCGGCCUCGGUUUGGAUGGAAUCCCUGAAACAUCAGAAGCCAACAUCGGCACACUUCCAUGGGCCGUCCAGCGCCUCCAGUGCAGCGAAGAUGAACGUGAUCUUUGCAAGCAUCCGCACAAGUUCUGCGCCACCUGUUGGAUUGACCGCCCAGAAGCAAAACGGCCUGCUCAGAACCAGUACGAUACACCCCAUGGGCAAGUGAAAUGGCACCCUGGCUGGCGAAGCCACCAAUUAACCGGUCGAGUUCUAGCGUUUGCGAUUCUGCAAGCCCUGAAAGACGCGCUGGGACGUAUCCGUGCCGAAGACGACUCUAUCGAUGGCAUGUGUGAAUACUACGAUAACAUCCGAAAGAAAGUCAAGAGCCUCGACCCUUCGGUGGGUACAUGUCACAGGAUCAACACAACACUUCCCGAGCGAAUCUGUCAGACCUCAAUGAAAGGCCGAACACAAUAUACGCCUCGCAAUCAACCAGAGAAAAGCAGUAUCACUAGUAUCUUGAAGCCUGCACCAGAUGGCUACGUUCCGCAGAACCCUAGAACGAAACCGCUCUAUCAGGGUCCAGAUAUGCCGAACCCAUGCUUGGAACUUCCAGCUGGAGCCGUAGAUGUGGUUGCUGAGAUUCUUGGGGAAAGUAGCGAGUCUGAUGGAGAUAGCCAACGACGACUCGAAGAAAGUACAAGCAUCGAAAACCCGACAAUAACACAGGAAAUGCCGAGUGGAGAGAGUGUUCUUAUUGAGAAGAGUGACUCGACAAAACCAAUGGACGACCCAGGGAUGGCUACCGGUACGGCCACAGAAAGUGAAACAGAUAUUGUUCCGGGUCUUGGAUGGCAAGUCUUUGACGAACCUCAGGGAUACUGCGAUGGGACACUGGGUAGCGUCUGUGCAAAGUCUACUUGGAACCGUUGCGUACUUUACGGCCAUCAUGAUGAAAGAGGGGCCGUUCUGGGAAACGAGUUGUCGGGCUGGCUAGUCCUUCAAGUACCACGAUCGGAAAUUCAGGCAGGUAUUAUCGUUGUGAAGCUCCACACGUGGCAUGAGCCUCGUGACAACACGAAAACCGCUGGCUGGACAACAAUCAACAAUCUUCCUGACGGAGAGUCCUCGCCAAAGAGGACCGUUGCGCCCGAAGAUGAAGAGAUGCCUGAUGAUCCCAAACGAAAACGCUUGCUGCGUAAACGUUCAUAUGAAACUCCGCCUUUGGGAAAAUGGUUCCAGUUUGACUAUGCAAUAGACGGCGUCGUAACUACCUUGAACGAAACAUCAUUCUUGGACCAGAAACAAGACAUUCAAAGAAUGGUUGAGGUCCUGACGUUGAUGGACGAUGACACCUUUGCUAGCGGAGGCGGUGGCGAGAAGAGCGGCCCUCUGGAAGUGGCAAUUCGAAUGCGCGGGUGUGGCCGGCAUUGCGUCUUUGGAGUAACUCAUUUGUACUGGGCAUAA